AUGUACCUCCCGCGUCCAUUGAUCUCGCACCUCUAUACGAACCUCAUCCGCUCUCACCACCCUCUUUCUCCUCCUGUCCUGCUGCUGGUUGCCCUCGAACCUGAUUCGUUAUGCGCGUGUCGCAUCCUCACGGCGCUUCUCAAGCGCGACUACAUUCCUCACAAAAUACAACCAGUCUCGGGAUAUGCAGACCUGUCCAAGGCUGGCGAAGAACUGGUGCGGCCCAUGAAGACUACAGAAGGCGGUAGUGGUGGACUCGUCAUCUGCCUCGGUGUCGGAGGACUCGUUGACUUGGGAGCCAUUCUAGGCUUGGAGGAUGAAGAGUCGAAUGAGACAAUGUGUGGAGUGGAAGUGUGGGUGCUGGACGCGAGAAGACCAUAUAACCUCGACAAUGUCUUCGGCGGGCAACCGAGUGAAGCACCUCUAGGCGACAUAGUGAACGAGACGAAGCCGCGAGCUCGAGGGGUGGAGAAAGGAUGCAUUCAAAAAUCAUACCGUUCUGGCAAAGGCGGCAUCAUAGUUUUUGACGAUGGGGACAUUGCAGGCGACUUAGAGACAGAGAGGAACGCGUACUGUGCGCUGGCAGAAAUGCCUCAAGUUGAUGCAGGUGAAAGCGACGACGGCGAGGAAGGGGAAGAAGGAGAUGAAAGUCAAGACAGCGCGUCGUCCAGAAAACGAAAGUCUUGGUCCGAUCGCGAUAACGAAGACGAAGACAGUGAAGAAGAGGAAGAGAGACCACGUCAACGGCGAAGGAGUAACUCGGGGUCAUCUAUUGCGUCCCCCCGAAGCAGAAGCCCUUCGUCCUCUCAGCCAGCAUCACCAGCGUCUCAGGCACAGUCCCCGAAACCACAAACAUCAAUACAGCUACGCCGACGAUUACGAAAGCUCCGGCAAGAACACGAAUCGGUGCUCCGGCAAUACAACCGUCUCGGGACUUCCUAUUCGGAGCCAGUCUCGACACUGGCCUAUUCUCUGGCGUCGGACCUGGGACGUGAAGACAAUGACAUACUGUGGCUUGCCAUCAUUGGCGUCACUUCACUCGAGCUGUCUGGCCACACCUCCACCGGUCUUGGGACAUCUGUUUCAAGGAUAGCGACCCUCCCACAUGACCAGCACAGAGGAUGGCGGACCACACGUUCUUCUCAAACAUAUGCCCUUCUCCGCGACGAAGUCAGACGCUUAAACCCCCCACCUGCAGACCAAUCGCCGACGAUAUCCCCCGUUACCGGCGGCACAAGUUCACCUAGCGAUACCUCCAUUCGACUGACGCCGGACCCCCGAUUUCUUCUCUUGAGGCAUUGGUCUCUGUACGACAGCAUGCUGCAUUCACCAUAUCUUGCCUCUCGAUUACAUGUCUGGAACGAAUCCGGCAUCAAGCGUCUUCACAAACUUUUGGCGAAGAUGGGGGUGUCCUUGACCCAGUGUAAACAGACAUAUACCCACAUGGACAUGGAUUUGAAGAAAACUCUUCGGGACCGUCUCCUGAAAUAUGCGGGCGUGUAUGGCCUCGACGGUCUUGUCCCGUCCGGCUCGGGGCGAGCAUCUUUCGAACAAGAAGGCUGGGGUUUCAUCCGCUCCUGGGGCUGGAAAGCCCAACUUUCGGCCGUCGACGUGGGCGUCAUUCUGGGAGCGAUCCUUGACGUCGGGAUAAGUAACGUUCCCACUUCCUCAGCAAUGUCAUCUUCAUCGACAUCAUAUGCAGCCUCUUCACAACAAACAAGCGCCUCCGAUGACAUCCCGGAGCGCUCAGAAACGCUUCUGCCACGCUUCUUCGCUGCUUACGACGCUCUCGCACCAAAUCACCCGACCCAUCUCCUCGCCGCCAUUCCAGCAGCGCAGCAUCUUCUACGAUCAAUCCUCCGCACGGGCUCUUCGUUGCUUAUGAAGCACCAGAUCCGCCAUUUACGUGCAUUUCGUAUGGGUGUGGUGAAGGAAGGGCCUGAUUUAGCCCUUUUCGCCAACAGUCCUGGGGCAUUGGUAAAGUUGGCAUUAUGGGUGGGUGAGUCGAUUGCGGUGAGUGAGAAGGAGAAAAGUAGCACAGAGCCACCGACGCCAUUGGUUCUUGCAGCGUUGGACGAGGCGAGAGGGACGUACGUUGUUGUGGGCACAGGUGGAGGGAUUGGUGGUGGUGAGGACGUCGAAAGUAGAAAGGAGAAAGAGGAACGAAGGAAGAAGAGGGAGGAAGAAAGAGAGAAGAAGAGGAAAAUCAGAGAAGACAAGAAAGCUGCCCGGAAGGCCCAAAGAGAAUUACUGGGUGACGACUCUGAUGCCGAGGAUGAAGAAACGGAAUCCGAAUCGGAGCCUGACUCGGAGUCGGACGACGACCAAGAAGACGAGGCGGAACAAGAAAGGAAACGCAAGAGAGGAUAUGGCCACAAUCGGUUUGGGAUUGCUUUCCAAGAGGUUAUCGAGGAGACGAACGCGCGGGUCCGGAUUGAUUCGUUUGAUCACUGCAUUGUAGAGGUCAAAAAGGAGGAUCUCGCCGGCUUUCUCGAGGGACUAAGCCUCAAGGCUGUUGUUGGCAGGUGA